UGAUAUGGGCAGCCGGCUUAAAUUAAAUGGAAUUUAAUUUCAAUGUAAUUUCAAGGAUCUAUAUUUUCCAUGACAUGUAUUGGAAAUUGGAAGGAUUUAGAUUGGUUUGUUUAAUGGUCAAAUUCUCAAACCCAAGAAAAUUUGUUCAUAUUUAAUAUGUGAAUAAGUUUUACCUUUAAUAGCCUAACUUCAUUAAAGGAAAAACUAUUGGCAGGAAACCAUUUUUUUCAGUGUACUCGGAAUGCGUGGGAGAGAGCGAGAGAACCGCGCGCAGCCUCCGCUGCAAAAUGAACAGGAAUGGCAAUGAAACGGGGCAAUCAGCUGAUGCGGCCAUCGCUCUUUGUUUUGCUUUCGGCAGCAUGGCGGCAAGUGGUGAGAGUAAGAGAGAGUGAGAGGUCGACGGCGACGCUAACAGAGGCAGCGACUGAGGCAGAGGCCAAAAAGGAUUUCCGAGCUUGUGGCCUGCGUUCAGUUUGUAACGGUAUUCCACGCGCCACGGUCGCCCGAAUAACGGAACGCGACACACCCGUACAUCCGUACACCCCAUUCAAGAAUCGGAUUUUGCACAAAGGAAAUAUGAGGAGCGCAAUCAGCAACAGCGAAAUGAAUAAAUUACGCGAAAAUAAAAUCAAUUUGCAUUAAGAGCUGGAGACGAGCGACUAGCCAACGUCG